AUGCCUGGGUCUCCUGCACUGCUCCUGCUCGCUCUGGGGCUCUGCUGUCCUGGGAUCUGGGGCCAGAGGUACACGAUGACGGCCAGGUUUCGUGACAGCAGCAUCACACACCCCCGGCUGGGACAGCAGUUGGAGCUGGAGUGUCUGGCCACCAAGGACGACAGUGGUGUAUUCUGGGUCCGCCUGGACAAGGAUGGGACCCUUCACUUCAUCGUCUUCAUUUCCUACCUUUCCCGGAGUACCUUUGAGGGCAACGCGAAGACAUCCAUACGCUUCGAGGCGAAAAAAGACGGCAAGGUCUACCGGCUGGUAGUGAAGUCUUUUACAUCACAGGAUGAGGGGAACUAUUUCUGCCUCAUGAACAGCAACCAAAUGCUGUACUUCAGCCCUGGCCAGCCUGUCUUCUUCCCAGUUACCACCACACCAGCACCCACCACAUCAGCAGCCACCAUCCAGCAUGGCAUCACCGAAAAGGACCCCUGCCUGAAGACCCCGGAUCCAGAGACCAGCAAGGAGAAAGAACUGGAUUUCUUCUGUGAGAUCUUCAUCUGGGUUCCCUUGGCAGGCGCCUGCCUCCUGCUCCUCAUCGCCCUGGUGGUCACCGUCGCGCUGUGUCAACAAACCAGAAGACGAAGAUGCAGAUGUAAAAGGCCUGCGAACGGGAAGCCCGAUGUGAAACCCAGCAUGCCAAACCGGCACGUAUAG